AUGAGAGAAGAAGAUAUGGAGGUAGCCAUCAAGGUGGUUGUUGUGGGCAACGGGGCAGUGGGGAAAUCUAGUAUGAUCCAAAGAUAUUGUAAAGGAAUAUUCACUAAGGAUUAUAAAAAGACAAUUGGUGUGGAUUUUUUAGAGCGACAGAUUGAAGUGAAUAAUGAAGAUAUAAGAUUAAUGUUAUGGGAUACUGCUGGUCAAGAAGAAUUUGAUGCCAUCACCAAGGCUUAUUAUAGAGGUGCACAAGGUUGUGUUUUAGCAUUCUCCACAGUAGACAGAGAUUCAUUUGAAGCAAUAGAAACCUGGAAGAAAAAGGUUGAGAAUGAAGUAGGGGAGAUAAAUAUGGUAAUUGUACAGAAUAAAAUAGAUUUAAUAGAUGAUGCAGUUGUACAAGAUGAAGAAGCUGAAGCUUUGGCUAAAAAAUUAAGGUUAAGAUUUUAUCGUACAUCAGUCAAAGAAAAUGUCAAUGUGGAUGAAGUAUUUCGAUAUCUAUCUGAGAAAUAUAUACAAGAAUUAAGUAUGGUUAGUGAGGAUGAUUCUCUACCAUUAACUAUAGGUCAAGAUGUCCAAAAUGAUACUAAAAAUAGUUCCAAAGACAAAAACUUGAAACAUAAAAACAAUAACGAUACCAUAACACUGAAACCUAGUAAAAAAAGGACUAAAAAGUUACUGAUGAAUUCUAAAUGUGUUGUGUUAUAG